CCGUAAUCGUUAAUACGACGAAAGACGUUUUAGCAUUUUUGCAGCAGCAACAAAGCAGCAGUAGUAGUAGUAGUAGCAGUAGCAGCCAGUUCGUGUAUAGAGAAAAGUUUACGUAGAAACACAGUUGAAUAUACAGACAGUGCGUGUACGAAUAGCGAAGCAGAACGAACAGAACAGGGAAUAGAUAUAGUAUAUAUCAUACAAUCGUCGACAAAUUCUAAUGGUAAUUUCUUUGAAUUCAAAGCACAGUUACUUUGCCUUUGAUAGCAAGCUUAAAGGAAAAAGAAAUAUUCCAUAAAUUGUGUGUGCAUGUGAUUUUUUCUCGUUUAUUCGAAAAAGAAGAAGAAAAAAAUUAAUCCAAUUUCGAAUAAAAUAAAGAAUUUGAUUUUGACAAAUGAACGAUGUAAUCAGUACUGAGCUAACGUGCAAAAAUAUACACAUAACACACAACGUUGUUUGGAAUAGAGAGACAAACCAAUUUUCCUAGUGGCACAACGACACACGGCAGCUAUAUUUGAAGAAAGCGGCAGUAACCACACAAUUAAUCGAUUUGCGUAUUAAAAUAUUUUUUUUUUCCUGCAGCGCAAAAACAACCAACCAACAUUGACGCUCUGAAUAAGUGAGAAGAGAAUAAGAGAAGAAAAAAAAAACAGUAAUCGUAAGAAAAAUAAACGAAAGAAAGACGAAAUUAUGAAGACUCAGCAGAUUUUUGUUACCGUUUUGGUAUUUUCCAUUUGUCAAUGGUCAGUGCUUGGUGCUGAUUCAGCCAAAGCCGAACCGCCAGUUUCAUCGACAACACCGGCCACCGCAGAUAACACAACCACCUUAGCACCAACGACCCCUACACCUGCCCCUGAUAAUACAACAACCACUUCAACUACAACCACUACUCCAACUCCAGCUCCGAACACAACAACAACAACAACAAGUACCACCACCUCAACACCAAAGCCUGAUACAACCACCCCCAACACGAGCACAACCACAACAACAACAGCAAAACCAACACCAACACCAGAGCCUUGCCGACACUUUGAUGCACCAUCAUUCAUCGGUGGUAUUGUGUUGACCAUUGGUUUGAUUGCCAUCGGUUUUGUAGCCCAUAAAGUUUAUAAAUCGAAAUUCGAUCGCAACUAUCAUACGCUGUAAACUGUGUGCAUGUGGAUGCCUCUGUGUGUAUAGAAUCUCACCAAAACAAAACAAAAAUUACAACAACAGCAACAACAGCAAAAACCACACACUUCUGUGUACAUACUUGAUUUUCUCGAGUUUAAUUCCCCCCGUAAUCUCAGAUUUUCGUUUCUUCUUUUUUUCUCGUUUCUCUUAAGUAAAAAAAAAUAAUAAUGAUUUUGAAGCUUCAAAGAUUAUGAAUAAGACAAAAGUUGUGCAAAUACACGAACAAUAAAAUAAUAAAAAAAAGCUGAUAAAAAAGUA